AUGACACCCCUUCUUAUGGCAGCCAGGCAAGGUUAUGAUGUAACAGUUUCAAAGAUUCUCUCUUUAUGUCCAGAUUGUUGUGAAAAAGUGGACAACAAAGGUUUGAAUUUACUUCAUUAUCAGGCUUUUAGACAUCCAUUAAGGCAGAUGUCUUUGGAGCCUUGGAUUGAAGAGUAUGGAUCAGUCAGAAAUCUAAUGGAGUUGGAAGGUUCCUUUGGAAUGAAACCUCAAGAAGUUAAAAAUGCAUUUGGAUCUGAGAAACAUCAUCAUAAACAGAAGCAAAUCAAAGAAUUGUUGGAAGAAAUUCAGAAUGAUCAAGUGGCGGAGGAACCAGUUCGUCCCAUUCUCUUGCCAACUACCUCUCCAGAAAACUUGGACAAGACAAGAGAGGCUCAAUUAAUAGUGGCAGCACUUAUAGCCACCGUCGCAUUCGCAGCGGCAAUAACUGUUCCGGGUGGUUUGGAGAGUGAAAAAGGGUCAGAGCAAGGCACUCCUUUUUUGAUUCAUGAGGCAGCUUUUAAAGCAUUUGUUGUAACAAACGCAUUGGCCUUCAUUUUCUCUAUUUCUGCCCUCAUAGUCCACUUAGAGGUUCUGGAUAGACUAUUAUCAGGAGUUGUUAGGCGUGAAAAAGUUUUAAAUCGAGCUCGAUAUGUUACUGUGCUCCUUGGCUAUGCCACAGUUGCAAUGGUGGUUGCUUUCAGCACAGGCGGUUAUGUGGUCUUAAAACCUUCCCACGUACUUGCCAUUGUUACAUAUCUCAUCUGCCCUGUCUUUAUACUCUGUAUGUGGCUAUUUACGUCAAAAUAA